AUGACACGACCAGCACCCGCCCCAGCUACCACCGUCCCGCCCCUCCAGCCUUACACCGCCCCCUUCCUCGCCCGCCUCAGCACCUUCAUCCUACGCGCCCCCAUCCUCAUCGUGAAGGAAACACUCAGUCCCGGUGAUGAUUCUGCCCGUGACGCCAGCUUGACCUCCCUGUGCAAGACGCUCGACCCAAACAGUGAUGCCCUCCGACCCGAUGCAUCUGUGAAUAUGCUGUGUCAGUGCCUAAUCCGUAUCCCCAAGGAGAUAUUGCGCAACUUCUCUUGUGACCAUCAUCCUAGCCCCGAUACGAUUCCGCUGGCCCUGUGUCUCCUAGUGCGUUAUCGUGUGGCUCUUGCUUCUGUUCCGUCUGAUGACUGUGAUGACGUUGUCGAGGCUCCAGAAAGGGAAGCCCAGAGUUCAUCGUCGUGUGUAGGUGAUGUUCCCCCUACAGUCUUUACCGCUGUGUCUGCUCCUGUCCCUGGUGCGUUGAGUGAUGUCGCGCUCAUCACCAUGUGUGUGUACGUUGCGUACCAGUACCUUACCGCUGACCAUCUUUGUGUGGACUUGCGGCAAUGGUCCAGGCCGCUGGAGACUGAUGCAGCGAAACUGAUUAUUGCGGAGAGGGAGUUUCUUGCUGCGAUUGAUUAUAGACUUUGGUUUAGACAGGAGGUAUAUUUGGAGAGCAAGGGUAGAUUGGACGAGUUGUGGGAUGCGGUGUUUAAGCAUGCGGCUAGACCGCCACCUCCGGCGUUUUUGAUUAAGAAUCUGGGGAGUUUGGGGUAG